AAGGCGAUGUGUCGCGCAGGGGUGAACCAAGACACUGCGGGUUUUGCGGGCGGCGGGUGUGCGACGAUGAUGUGAGUCGCAGGCCGUUGCAGCAAGGUGCAGAUGUUGCAGCGAGGUGCAGGUGGUGCAGGUGGUGCAGCGCGGGACAGCAGGCUGAUGGAUGACGGUUGUAGUAUUGGGGUUGUAGGAGUUGUAGGGGUUGUAGGGUGCGGAGUGGAUGGUGACAGUGGCCGGGAUGCUGGCGGGGUGGUGGAUCACUGGGCAGUGCAGUGGUGCAGUGCAGGGCACAGCGCUGGACAAUUCCGGGCGGUUGAUGGACAGGCCACCGAACAAUUGUCGACGCCGACUCAAACCACACACAGGUCCAGAGCGCAAGCGCAGAUCCUCAAACCAGACCAGGCGCUGGCGUUGGCGCUGGCGCAGUUUCUUGGCUGACGAGUGCCGAGGCGAACAAGCAGACAGCCAGGCCAACCGUGUGCGAUGCCGUGUCGUGCAGAAGCUGGCGAGGACAGCGACGGCACAAGAGUGGAUGGAGUCUUUUGCUCUGGGGGCCUUGAGAGGAACCGCUGGGGGAGAGCUGGCCAGGGCCGCGGGACCGACUGUAAGCACAGGGAAAUCGGAGGACGCUCAGUGGCGCAAAGGGACGCCUCGGGGCGUGAUGGGCUCAGGCCCAGCUGGAGCUGCUCGUACCACGGGCAAAAUGGGGCGAUCUGGUUGCCACGCCGCGCCAGGAGACCACGGGAUUCGGGGGGGGAGAGAGGAAGGAGGGGAGUAGAGAAGGAGUGUGGAAGGAAGCAAUAGGAGAGCGGGAAUUUAAGCUUGGGAGAAGGACGGGGACGGGAAAAAGUUGAGUGAGGGCUUUGAGGUAAUGUACUUAGUGGUGAGUGAAAUGAGAGAAGUGCGAGGGCGAGCGGGUAGGGUCGAGGGUCUAGGUGGAGACUGUAGGCCGGCUCGGCCACUGUACAAGGCAA